UUUGGACUCAUGUUGGCUUCUUAUUUUGGCUUCUUAUGUUACCACACUAGGGUACCAGCUUAACAAAAAUUUGCUGAGGAUCUAUUUGCAUUCUAGGCAACUACAGAAACAACACAGAAUGGAGCACCGGAACGCCACCCUGGGAAGUGGCUUCACAUUGAUGGGGAUUCUGAAUGACAGUGGGUAUCCUGAGCUGCUCUGUGCCAUGAUCUCAGUCCUGUAUGUGUUGGCCGUGACCGGCAAUGGCCUGCUGCUCCUGGUCAUCACAGUGGAUGCCCGGCUCCAUGUGCCCAUGUACCUCUUGCUGGGGCAGCUCUCCCUCAUGGAUCUCCUCUUCACAUCUGUUGUCACUCCCAAGGCCGUUGUGGACUUUCUGCUCAGUGACACCACCAUCUCCUUUGGGGGAUGUGCCCUUCAGAUGUUCCUGGCACUGACACUGGGUGGCGCAGAGGACCUCCUACUGGCCUUCAUGGCCUAUGACAGGUAUGUGGCCAUUUGUCAUCCUCUGAACUACAUGGUCCUCAUGAGGCCGAGGGUCUGCUGGCUCAUGAUAGCCACACCCUGGGUCCUGGCAUCCCUGAAUGCUGUAGGACAUACCUUGUAUACCAUGCACUUCCCUUUCUGCAUGUCCCGGAAAAUCAAGCACUUGCUCUGUGAGAUACCACUUCUGCUGAAGCUGGCCUGUGCAGAUGCCUCCAGUUAUGAGCUCAUGGUGUAUGUGACAGGUGUGACUUUCCUCUUGCCCCCUCUUGCUGCUAUCCUUGCCUCCUACACACUAAUCUUAUACACUGUGCUCCACAUGCCUUCAAAUGAAGGGAGGCAGAAAGCCCUGGUCACCUGCUCUUCCCACCUGACUGUGGUCGGGAUGUUCUAUGGAGCUGCCAUGUUCAUGUACAUCCUGCCUAGUUCCCUCCACAGCCCCAAGCAGGACAACAUCAUCUCUGUCUUCUACACGAUUGUCACGCCAGCCCUGAACCCCCUCAUCUAUAGCCUGAGGAAUAAGGAGGUCAUGGGGGCCUUGAGGAGGGUCCUGGGAAAAUAUAUGUUACGAACACACGUCACCAUCUAGGAAGAGGUUAUGGCUUUCUGUCAAAAUUCAUUCCCCCUCAAAAUCUGAAGAUUCCUCCUGAAAGUGAAAUACUUAUGUCCCAUAGUUCAGAGUAUAUAUCUUAAUAGAAAAUGAAGGAGUGUAGCUUUACUCGUCAUAUGCUCUUUUAAACCAUCUUACCACGUAGUAACUAAUGACAUUGUAUUAAAUUAUGGAUAUUGACAUGCAAGAUGGCCUUGAAAGCUCUGGAUGGCAGAGCUUCUGUCAGCUUGGGUCCACAGACCUGCCCCUCUAUCCCUCAGCUAAAA